AUGGCCCGUCUACCUCAGAAGGCCUUGACUCUCACUAUUUGGGCAGCAAUUCUUGCUUACAUCUCCCCGUAUCUACUCAAUCGUUACCAAGCACUGUCUAUUCUGUUCAACAAUCGGCCUGACAAGCUCCUGGAAGUCAAUGUAUUACCAAAAUAUUCCGUGAAAUUUGCCGAUCGGCUUCGCAAUUGCGAGGAUGCAUUGAUAGAUGACGAAAACGCCGUAGCAAUUCUAAGUUGCGAUACCGGGAGAGAUCUCUGGAAUACUGUCAUGGGUACAUACCAUGAAAAGCGCGACGAAAUUUCUAAUGGCGAACUCUUGAUAUACCGCUAUGAUCUUCCCGAGAACUCUGAGAAAUCCCUAGCUCCAAUAAAGAUUGUAGACUAUCCCGGAGUGUUUUCACUGCACCCUCUCGGAGUCGAGUACCACCAUCAGAGUUCCACACUUUUUGUUGUUAACCAUCAUUUGGAUGGAUCGCGAGUCGACGUGUUUUCAUUAGAUCUUGCGUCACACCCGCCAGUUGCCAGGCAUAAGCAGAGUAUUACCAGCCCGCUGAUAAACGCUCCUAACGCAAUUGCCGCGCUUAACGACCAUGAAUUUUAUGUAACAAACGACCACUACAGCUCCAGAAGAGAACACCCUUGGUUCUGGCAGGUCGAGACAUACUUGGCAUUUCCAGGAGGUACUUUGACGUACGUGAGCCUGGCAUCUGAGACCCCGCAAAUUCAGAACGUUGCACAUAUUCCCUUCGCAAAUGGAGUAACUCUCAUGAAUGAGUCAAUAUUAGCAGUAUCAUCGACGUCAACCGCUCAAGUCCGUCUCUACAACAUCCUGAGUGAUCGUUCCGUCAAACUCAACAGCUCGAUUGAAGUACCUUUUAUGCCAGACAACUUAUCUGCGGACAAGGAUGGUGUUUUGCUAAUUGCCGGCCACCCGCAUCCCCCGUCGCUGGAGGAGGUUGUGAAACAUCGUCUAAGCUGUACACAAGAUAGUGAAGCAGAUAAUGCCGCCUGUUGGAAAGCAAAUGUGCCUAGUUGGGUUUCUCAAUGGUCAAGUAGUCGAGGAUUAGAACAUUUGUUUGUUUCGAAACAAGAAUUCGGAACAAGCGCUACCGCUGCAAGAGAUUCGAGUCGCAAGGUGGGAUUGAUUAGCGGCUUAUAUGAGAAUGGAAUAUUGGUGUGGAGGGGCUAA